GUUGGGGAUUGGGUGUGGAAGAAGUUCAGGGACCUUCGCUAAGCCUUCAGCAGAUGAUUUAGAUUUCUGAUUAUUAAUGCCAAAGACAUGUCACUUGGAGAAUCACUGAAGGGGACGAUCUAACGGAAGAUUGCAUCUCUCUCUAUGCAGGCUGGCUAAACCAGCAGAAAAGAUUUAGUUUUCUAAUACGUGCAACAAGAAGCCCUCUGCGUUUCCUAGAUUCUCAGGGGUUAUCUCUGGAUGUAAGAUACAUUUCGGGUCAGCGCACUUCGUCGGGCAUAGAAAAGAACUCAACCAGAGCAGAUAAUUCAAACCCUAUUUUUAUCUGUAACAAGCUUCCGAAGGGAAACAGCCAGGGGCAUGUCGCUGGAUGACGUCACGCAGUAUGAAGAUCUCGACAACUUCACAUACUACUUUGAGAGUUACGAAGAAGAGGAGGUGCCUCAGUCCUCUCUCAGUGACGCGCACAUCAUUUCUCUUGUGCUGCACAGCUUAGCUUUUCUCCUAGGAGUGCCUGGCAACGCCAUCGUCAUCUGGAUCAUGGGCUUCAAGUGGGAUAAGACGGUCACUUCCCUCUGGUUCCUCAACCUUGCCAUUGCGGACUUCAUCUUUGUCCUUUUCUUGCCCCUCUACAUCACCUAUGUGGCCAUGGGCUUCCACUGGCCAUUUGGGAGAUGGCUGUGCAAAGUUAACUCCUUCAUCGCCUUGCUCAACAUGUUUGCCAGUGUCUUCUUCCUUACAGCCAUCAGCCUCGACCGCUAUGUCCAUCUGAUCCACCCCGUCUGCUCCUACAGAUAUCGAACGAUCAGAAACACUUGUAUCCUGAUCGCGAUCAUUUGGACCUUGGCCGCCAUCAUUGGAAGCCCCGCCUUGUAUUUCAGAGAUACACUAACUCUGUCUAACAAUUUCACCUUUUGCUUCAAUAACUUUCACCCGCACAACGUUGUCCUAACGCACCACGUUCUCACCUGGGUGAGGUUCUUCCUUGGCUAUCUCUUUCCUAUCCUAACCAUGAUCAUUUGUUACUCCUUUCUCUUUGUCAAGGUGAAAAAGAGUGCUGUCUUUACUUCCAGGAGGCUCUUCUGGACUGUCCUGGCCGUGGUGGUUGCCUUCUUUGUUUGCUGGACCCCGUACCAUAUCUUUAGCAUUAUUGAGCUCACCAUUCAUCAUAACAAUGACUUCCACGUUUUGCUUCGGGACGCCAUUCCUCUGACCGUUGGCUUUGCUUUCAUCAAUAGUUGUCUUAACCCAAUCCUUUAUGUCCUGCUCAGCAAGAAGCUCCGGUCCUGCUUUCAGGUGACGUUUUCAGAACUGGUGAAGUACACGCUGUGGGAGGUCAGCCGGUCGGGGACAGUCAGCGAACAAGUUUGGAGCUCUGUGAAUCUGCAGCAGUACGAAACCCCCGAGGCGAAAAAUCCUCCCAGUGAAACUGCUCAGUGACUUGACUUAUCGUGCCUUCCGUUGUAAAGGACUCAUUUAUUAAAUAUCGAGACAUUUGCAAGUGAAUGAUACGGAAUUCAAGUCCCCAAGGCACGGUGGACUGUGGUUGGUUAAUGGAAUUGUGUAGCUCAUUUCAGCUUUUUUUUGUUUUGUUUUUAAAUAAAGGGUUUUUAGCUGCAUUACA